GCCAACCCCCUCCAAAACCCCUCUUAAUUCGCGCCCUGCUUUGAGGAUCUUGUUUGAGCACUGCGCUCCCACGCAGAGGAGCGCACAGUCUCUUUGGUUUGGCUCACUGUCUCCGUGUCUGGUUGGCAGAGAGACCGCGCGUCUCAGCCUGGAAAGGGUUAGAGGGUUUGCUCGUUUCCAGUCCUGCCCAUUCUCACUCAAGGAGGAGGAACGAGAGCAAAUAGUGCUGCGAGAGUUUUGACACCCACAGUCUUCAGAUCGGAUGCUGACACUUUCACACCAGAGAGAACCUGCUACAUAUAGGUACCCAACGGUUCGCACGACAGACAGGACGGAAAUCAGUCUUUGAAGGGAGUGACCCGAAGACGCGCCCGCUGAAGCGCCCACAUCCCGCUGUCAACGAGCCUUGGACGCGCUGUCAAACUGCUCCAAAAUUGGAUUAUGACAUUUUAAAGCGCUGACUGACUGUGUAAGAAUCUCCCUCUUUUCAAACCUGUGAGUUUUCUUUUUCGCGAUAUGGAACAGGAGACAGCGGUUCCCAGAUCUGCGUGACAGGAUCUCUCUCCAGCUUCCAAACAACCGCGUGGAUUCAAAAAUUAUUCAUACACGAAAUCCUGAGGAUAUACCGGAACAGAUUUCUUUGAGGAUGUACUGGUGUUUGCUCUGUGUGACUCUAACGGGAUUGUCCGUGGCUCGCGCUCUAACGGAAAGUCCCUGCGGUGGGAAAAUCACGAUCUCCAGCGCCGGCUAUGUGACCUCUCCCGGUUACCCGUCUGCAUACCCGGUGAACCAGCAGUGCAGCUGGCUGAUCCAGGCACCUGAUCCACAGCAGAAGAUCCUCAUCAACUUUAACCCACAUUUUGAUCUAGAAAGCCGGGAAUGCAAGUAUGAUUUUGUACAGGUGUUUGAUGGUGUGGAUGAGAACGCUUUCUCUCUUGGGAGGUUCUGCGGCAAAAUCGCUCCAUCUCCGAUUAUCUCUAGUGGAAACUCUUUACUCAUCAAAUUCACCACCGACUAUGAAAGCAGUGGAGCAGGAUUCAGCAUCCGCUAUGAAAUACAUCGCACAGGUACUGAAUGUUCCAGAAACUUCACAGAACCACACGGAGUGAUUCAAACCCCUGGUUUCCCUGAUAAGUAUCCAAACAACCUGGAGUGCACCUUCAUCAUCUUUGCACCCAAGAUGGCAGAGAUCGUUUUGGACUUCCAGAGCUUUGAUAUGGAACCGGACACAACCGCACCUGUGGGGGCUGUCUGCAGAUUUGACUAUCUGGAGAUAUGGGACGGAUAUCCUACAGUGGGUCCUCAUAUCGGUCGAUACUGUGGUUCCAGACAGCCAGGUCGUGUGAUCUCGUACACCGGUAUUCUCUCUCUCAGCAUCCACACAGACAACGCCAUCACCAAAGAAGGCUUUUCAGCCAAUUACAGCAUCCGCACCAGCUCAGACUCAUCUCAGACACACCAAGGUGAGUGUAUGUCUCCGUUAGGGAUGGAAAGUGGUGAGAUCACAGAAGACAGGAUAUCUGCAUCGUCACAGUAUAAUCCCAGCUGGUCUCCACUGCGCUCCAGACUCAAUUUCCCUGAAAACGGUUGGACGCCGUCAGAGGAUUCUGCUCGGGAGUGGAUACAGGUGGACUUGGGUUUCUUGCGGUAUGUGACGGCCAUAGGAACACAAGGUGCCAUUUCGAAGGAAACAAAAAAAGCUUACUACGUAAGAACAUACAAGAUCAGUGUGAGCUCAAACGGAGAGGAUUGGAUUACCCUGAAAGACAAAACAAAACAGAUGGUGUUUCAUGGAAAUCAAAAUCCCACAGAUGAGGUCCGUGCCAGGCUGCCCAAACCCACCCUCACCCGUUAUCUACGGAUACGACCUCAGAGCUGGGAACAGGGCAUCUGCAUGCGUUUCGAGGUGUACGGAUGUAAAAUAUCAGACGCUGCAUGCUCCAGUAUGCUAGGGAUGAUUUCGGGUCAGAUUUCGGACUCUCAGAUCACAGUGUGGCCAUCGGCAGAGAGGGGCUGGCUCCCAGAACAGGCCCGGCUCCUAACCGGCCGAACGGGCUGGGUGGUUGCUCACCCGCAGAAUCUGGGGAAGAACCAGUCACUGGAGCUGGAUCUGGGGUCCCGGCGGAUGGUAACGGGUCUCAUCCUGCAGGGAGGGAAAUACAGAGAUGUGAAUAUUUUCAUCAAACGCUUCAGAGUUACAUACAGCACAAAUGGAACGGACUGGAGCCACAUACUAGAGAAGAACAGCAACAAAGUGAAGGUGUUUCUGGGUAAUCAGAAUCAUGACACACCAGAAGUAUGCACCUUUGAUCCAGUGCUGAUGCGUUUCCUGCGUAUCUACCCUGAGCGUAGCACUCCUGAGGGGAUGGGGUUAAGGCUGGAGGUUUUAGGGUGUGACCUGCAAGAGCCCACAACGCCUGUUCCCCUCACCACCUCUAUGGAAACUACAGUAGCUAGUGUCACUAGCGCUCCAGGCAGUAUACCAACAACCAGCUUUUUUCCAAUGACAGUAGAGAGUUGUGAUGAUGAUGGCAACUGCCAUAGUGAAGCAAUGCCAGACUAUGACACAACAGAAACUGCAGUUGCAGAGCCGAUUCAGGAAUUGGAAGCAGGCCUGGUACCUGCAUAUAUCUGGUUUGCCUGUGACUUUGGCUUGGCUGAUAACCCCUCCUACUGUGGAUGGAGCCAAGAUGGAGGUGAAGGAGCCGAAUGGCAUAUAAAUAACAACACCAAAUACAUUGAUCACAAACUGCCUUAUCUGGACCACACAGGGAUGCCCCACAACUUCAUUUACGCGGCUUCUAACACAAACACACAGAUAGAGAUGGAGAGGGAAAAUGAAACGGAGACGGAUGAAGAAACGGCGAGACAAGGAAGGGUGGCGAGACUGACCAGUUUGCCGGUCACGGCCCCGGAUUCAAACCUGUGCAUGUCUUUCUGGUACCAUUUCACUGAGAAACACACAGGGACUCUGAACAUCAAGCAAAAGAUAGAGGUGGAGGAGGAGGAGAGAGAGGACAGUGAGGUUCUGAUCCGCUCUGUGAACGGCCAGGUGAAGAGCAGAUGGAGGGAAGGAAGAGUUCUGAUUCCCAGUGCCAAAACUCCUUAUCAGGUGAUCAUCGAGGCUCAAGUGAAUCAUACAGGAUCUGGUUACAUCUCACUGGAUGAUAUAAAGAUCCUGGAUGAAGUGGAUCCUGAAGAGUGCAAGGACCCAGAUAAUACAGAAGGUGAUGAAGAUAAAGUUUAUGAGAUCGUGAGCUGUGAGGGGGCUCACAACACCUUGUGGAGUUUAGGACGCGGCUCCAUGCUGAAGAGUUUAGACCCCAUCCUGAUCACCAUCAUCGUGAUGAGCGCCGUGGGAGUCCUGCUGGGUGCCGUGUGCGGGGUGCUGUUUUACUGCGCGUGCGCUCACAGUACAAACAGGAACCUCUCUGUUCUGGAGAACUACAACUUUGAGCUGGUGGACGGAGUCAAACUAAAGAAAGAAAAACUCAGUGCACAGAAAUCUUACUCGGAAGCAUGAGGAAUGCUGGAUAAACCCAGGAAACGUUUGCUGGAGGAACGUUUUUAGACCGUUGUGACGUUUCUCAAGGUCGAGACUGAGCGUUAUUCUCAGGACGUGAAGGAAGAGGGACCUGCGUUUAGAGGGCACCGUGUAUAGACUGUACAGCCAGACGAUGAUUGUCUACUUGUUUGUUUGUACAUUUGUUGCUGGUGAUGAGACCAAGACAAAAUGAUG